AUGCAAAUGGCUAAGACACGUGCGAACAGCGGACAUGUAAAAUGCAGCCACCUUUCUUGUGUUUGUCAUUUCAUUCAGUGGCAUCGUUCAAAGCUACGAAGAUUGGAAGAAGACACAUAUUGCAAAGGCUCAUCAAACGGGAGCAGAUAUAAUGUGAAAUAUUACAAGUAAGUAAAUAAAUAAAUAAAUAAAUAGUUGAUGGACUGUGCCUGAUGUGUGGAAGACUGCACCAAUAAGAGUGAGGAUAAGCUAUUAGUUGAAAACUAUCGACCUAUUUCGGUAUGCUGGUAUUAAGCAAAGUUAUGGAUAAAGUUGUUCACGAACAACUGACUGCACAUCUUGAUCAGUGGGAUUUUUGUAUCCGCAUCGGUAUGGUUUUAGGCGUCGGCAUAGCACUGUACAGGCGAUAGAACAAAUGAACAGGUGGGCGGUUGAAGCCAUGAAAGAGAAAUAACUCACUGGCUUUCUAUUUGACGAUAUAUCCAAAGCAUUUGAUUCCAUAAACCAUAAAGUUUUAUUGGGAAAGCUAGAACAUAUCGGAUUGUUUAAAAGUGCAUUGGAAUGGUUCAAAUCGUAUAUUGUAGACAGAUAGCAAUGUGUGGUGGGUGUUAAAGGAGAGUUAUCAGAAACCCUUCAAAUCGACCUUGGUGUCACUCAAGGGAGUAUCAUGGGCCCGUUAUUAUUGAAUAUUUAUGUAAACAGUUUGUCAAAAGCUGCAAAAAUUAAAGUGUUGCAUGAAUUUGUAUACUGACGUCGCCGUUCUAAUUUAUGCUGCAUCUACACCUGUGGAUCUUGAAAAGAUUUCAGUCUAAAGACCUAUUUACACUUGCAAUUUUUGCUGCGAUUUUAAGUGCGAUUUUUUCUGCUGACGUAUGGCGACAUGAAAUCGCCAGUGUAAACACCCUGCGAUUUAAGUGCAAUUUCAGUCCAAAUCAAGUGCAACAAGGUGCGAUAUUUUCGAUCUUGCUCGAAAUUUAAUGCACUUCGCUGCAAUUUUUGCAAUAAAAUUAGGCAAAACGUGACUCUGCCACCCCUGCAGUUGUUUUUGGGGGAGCAAAAAUGGCGCAAAAAAACAAAUACGGUGCAGAAAUGUAAAAAUAAAAAGGUAUGUUGGACAGUCGAGGAAGAAGAGCUUUUGGUGGAGUUAUGGCCAAACUAUGAAUGUCUUUAUAAGACAAACAGUCCAGAGUUCAAGAGAGUGGACAAACGGCAGUCUGCCCGCGAAGACAUAAGAAGAAAACUUGAAACAGAGCUGGAAAGCUCGUUCACUGGUAAAAAAGCAUUUAAUUUGACUUUUAAUUUGAUAACCAAACAGUGUAUAAUUUAUAAAUUUGUAUUUAGCUACUUCAAUGAAAUAGCUAUAUAAAUGCUUUUAGAUUUCUAGACAAUGUAUUUCAUCAAACCUUAACCAUAAAUAAUGCCAUGAACGUCCGUCUGUUUUUCAGUUUUUGCUUGUUUGGCAAACAACUUGUGGCAAAAUCACCAGUGCAGUGAUUUAUAAUAUUAUCUUUUAACUUUUAUACCAAAACCAUUUUUUGUUCCUUCUUUUACCAUUCAAGAUGCAGAUAUUAAAGCUAAGAUUAGCAACUUGCGAACCCAGUACGGCAAGGAGAUGGGAAAAGUGAGAGCUUCCGUAGCGAGUGGUGCAGGGACGAGCAGCGUUUACGAGCCAUCAUGGCGAUUUUAUAACUCAUUGCAUAUUCUGCGAGACAGUAUCACACCGGUGAAAACGAAGCCAACGUCGGGCGUUCCAGAAGUCAGACUAACACUAGUUGCAUCAGAGCUGGCAUCAAGCGAAGUUCAAUUGGAGCCGAGUGAAGAUACAAACAACAGUGACGACAAUGUCAAUGGACAAUGAAAAUAAUUUAUUAAACGACCCAAGUGAGUUAAUAAACGACGAGUUUUCCAUAUCAAGACCAUUCAACGUCCUAACCCAGUCGCAAAACGAUCCCAGCAAGUCGGUGAAGUCGAAAGCCAAUGUCCGUGAAAAGAUGGAGAAUAUUGUCUUACAAAAAUCGUUGACGGUGCUGGACAAGCUCGCUACUAAUAAGCGCAAGCAUUCGGAGGAACUUGACGCCGAUGAAACGUUCGGUAUGCACGUUGCACAUUCGUUGAGGCAAAUUGAAGACCGGCGUACUAAAGAUUCAGCACUUUUGUUUGAUGCUGAGUGCAGCGGACAGGAUCAACUGCCAUCAGCCUCUUGGGCAUCUGAAAGUCGAAGACUUAUGUUUUAA